GUUAUUAAAUAUGUUACUCAACAAAACCAGGUUUAUUGUUUUUCUUGUUGAUCCAACGCUGGUGGGAUUCACCAAUCGAUCUCGAAAGAGCAAUAUGGAAGGCAAUUCCACUUCAGAUAUCGUGAUUUUGAGUGGCAACUCUCAUCCGGAAUUAGCAGACUUGAUUGCUAGCCGAUUAGGAGUGCACACAGGAGGUUGUUCUGUUUACCAUAAAACUAACAGAGAGACCAUGGUUGAAAUUGCUGAUUCCAUACGUGGUAAAAAUAUUUACAUUGUCCAGACUGGUACUAAAGACGUAAAUAAUAAUAUCAUGGAAUUAUUAAUAAUGGCUUAUGCAUGUAAGACAUCCUCUGCACGUUCAAUUGUUGGGGUUAUUCCAUACCUUCCAUACAGCAAACAGUGCAAAAUGAGGAAACGAGGGUGCAUUGUCACAAAGCUUCUUGCUAAGAUGAUGUGCAAGUCGGGCCUAACUCACAUUAUCACCAUGGAUCUACAUCAAAAAGAGAUACAGGGUUUCUAUGAUUGUCCAGUGGAUAAUCUCAGGGCCUCACCCUUUUUAUUGCAAUAUAUUCAAGAAAGUAUUCCAGAUUAUCGUAAUUCAGUGAUUGUGGCUCGCAAUCCUGGAUCAGCUAAAAAGGCCACUUCAUACGCUGAGCGUCUGCGACUUGCCAUUGCUGUCAUACAUGGAGAACAGAAAGAAGCUGAAAGUGACGAAGUUGAUGGGCGUUAUUCUCCACCAUGCAUACCAAGUGUUGACAGGUCUCGUACCAUGGAUGUGUCUGUGGGAGUUCCGGUUCACCCAGCUAAAGAAAAACCACCAAUCAAUGUUGUUGGCGAUGUAGGAGGUCGGAUAGCGAUCAUGGUGGAUGAUAUGAUAGACGACGUGCAGUCUUUUGUUGCCGCCGCUGAAGUUCUGAAAGAAUGCGGUGCAUACAAAAUAUAUGUAUUGGCGACACACGGCCUCCUGUCAUCUGAUGCCCCGCGUCUCAUCGAAGACUCGCCCAUUGACGAAGUGGUUGUCACUAACACGGUACCCCACGAGUUGCAGAAAAUGCAAUGCAACAAGAUCAAAACAAUCGAUAUAUCAGUGUUACUUAGUGAAGCGAUAAGGCGCAUUCACAAUAAAGAAUCGAUGUCGUAUCUCUUCAAAAAUGUAACUCUCGAAGAUUAAAUUCCGUUUAUUAUGAAUAUUUUUUUAGUAUUACACUACAUUAUAUCCUUGAUGGAUUUUACUCUGGGACUCUGGUAUUUUUAAAAGGACACCUAUAGAUACUGAUUUCAUAAUGAAAUUGGUCUAUAACAAAGCUAAUUAGGCCUCUAAAUCAAUAAACGACUAUAGUUGAGGAUUUAUAAUAUAUUCUAAAAAGGCUUAACAAAUUUUCUGCAAUAUUUUAAUAUUUACUUUGUUUUUGAAUCCAAAAUAUUAAAUGCCAGAACUAUGAAAUCAGUGAAUUAAAAUAUGAGUCAAAGGAGUCGUUUUAUAAUCAUUAUGUAUCUAAUUAAGGAUAGUUUUUAUGAUUCCCUGUAUUGCAUUAUUCCUUGUGUUAUAAGUUAAUAGUUAAUUUAUAAUAUUGUUUUUAUGUAAAUUUGAGUAAGGAACAGCUAUGUAUACUCCAUAUAGUGGCUCAUUUAAAUUGGUCGAUAAAGCCCGUAUGCAGAGUGCAGGCAACUUUUGUGCUUAAUUUCAUUGGUCGGUGAUUAGUUGUCGUUUGAUUAUCGGUGAAUAAAAUGAUCACAGGAAUCAACUUCAUUCUAUCUACGGGCUCUGUCGUACAAUGUAAAUAAGCCAUAGGUUUAAAAACUAAUACGAAAGUAAGGUUUUGCACUAGGUUAUUAAACAAAUAAUUUAUGGACUGGAAAUAAAUAAUCUCGAGGGAACAUUUGCAUUUAUAUGUUACUGAUGAUUGGAAUUAAUAUGAUAUCAGUGAGUGAGUAAAAUUGAUGUCAUUCUUCCUAAUAGUUACAGGCCGGGACACUUCAUGACAACUCAGCUGUAAACUUGCUUCAUUUUUAAUAAUCAACUUUGCUGGUCGCGAGAUUAUGCGUAAAUAUAAAUUAUUAUUGGUGUGGAGAACUUUAUAACUUACAAGCUAUAGAGGUAAUAGCAUGGUUGUCCUAGCAUUUUGUGUAUCUGCUUUUCCGACAAACUGAUCUAGGCCGCUCAAUUUUGACAGUCUGGUCAAACGAAGGAUUCAUACAUUUAUGGCGGACUUGUAAUUACUGAACUCAAGAUAUGCGCAAUAAAAACUAAUUAUCAAAUAAAUAUUAAUUGUUUAUUAGGAAAUAUUUUAAGAAUAAGAAACAAGAUUAUGUCGAGCACUCGUCUUUUUAUGUACCUUCCGGACAUUUUGGAACUUGCUUUUGCGGACCACACUUGACACACGGGCCUGGGGACUGUCUAAUUUUCUAGCCAUAGAAUACGACAUCGUAUCGAUGUUAUGACGAUAUAUAUGACUACUUUGACACGUGGUGGAUAUAUUUGGGAUAAAUUAAUAAGUUGGUAACACUUGUCAAAUCGUUAAUCAUCAUUUUUUAUCGUUCAUUCAUUAGUUACUAAAGUACGUGUCAAAGUAGUAAUAUAUUACGAAAUAUUUCCAUAACAUCGAUGAGAUGUCUAGAUCCUAUGGCUAGAAAAUUAGACAGUCGCUCUGCUGAAAUUUAACUGCCUUGUAAUAAAUCGUAAACUCUGCCUCCGCCUGUAUCAACUUUUCGUUUAAUUUAGCAUUAUAAAUAUAUUAUAUUCAAAUCUAAUCAAAAACACGACUAAACAGAACUUCGAUUGGAGUUGUCUAUUUUUGGUAGAUAUCCAUAUAUUUAUGAUAAAUGAAACUAGAUGGGUAAAAUCAGGAUCUGAUUUGUAGCCUACUAAAGUUAAAGUUUGUAAUAAUCUAUUAAUAAAUAAAUUGACACUAAAAAUUUCCAAUAAGUACAACAUUUUAAAGUUUAAAGCAAUAAAAUUUGUAUUUUAAUAUAAAAAAUGUCCAAAGCUUAUGUGAAUAACAUUUAUGGCAUGUGUAUAAAUCAUAGACUUGAGUAUUUACACAAAGUUAACAUAAUUGUAUAGCGUAUUAGAAAAACUAUGUAAAAAAAACUAUAUAAUAAAUUGUUUUGUGGC